AUGCUGCUGAAAAGGUCGACGCUGGUCCUCUUGGUAUUGGCACUCGUAGCUACAUCGGUGACAGCACAGACGUUGGGAGACGUCGUCCCCAUGGCUGCCGAGCCUGCCGCCCAGCCCGCCGCCGCCUCACCCGCUGCCCCGGGAGAUCCAGCCGCUACUACAGGCGGCGAAACUUCUGCCCCUGCAACCACCGCAGCACCAACACCCACAACAGACGCACCAUCAUCAACAACAUCAAGUGCGACUACCGAACCCGUCAUCCCAACGAUCCCACCCGUCUCGACUGAUAAUCCAGUAAACCCAUCUGCCCAACCCACUUCGUCAUCACAUGCAGUAGUGCCUACCCAAUCCAAAGGUCAAACAACUUCAAGGGGGGCUGGAGCAGGAACUGGUGGUAUUGUGACCACUGGCUCUGCCACUGCCACUACCACCACUACUCCUUCGCCGACGCCCGCUAGUGAAAAGCCGUCGACGGGUACCAACCUUGCGACGGCUGGUAUUGUUGUUGGCUCUGUUGUCGUUGCUGCUGCCAUUGGUAUCUGGGUCUUUAGGAAGUGGAAGCUCUCUCCGUCGAGAGAUUUCCAGAGAAAGAUUGGAGGAGACGACUAUCAGGACUACCCCCGGACCUACGAAUCCGACACAGUCUUCCUGCGCAACCUAGGAGAUCAACCCGCAGAACCAGCACCCACCAAAUCGCCCUACAACGCCAACGCUUCUCUCCCCUCAGACGACCAGUACUAUGAUGCCGCAUAUGUCAACGAUACAACUGCACAGGGUGGAUACGGACAUGAUGCUUAUGGACCACAGCAGGCGGUUUAUGACCAUCAGGGCUAUGACCAUUCGCAGGGGUAUGAUCAUGGGUAUGAUAACACUGCUUAUGGCGCUGGGCAGCACGAUUAUGGUGGGUCCCAGGUUGGUGGUGGAUAUGGUGGUUCCCAGGUUGGUGGUGGUGGAUAUGGCGGUUCACAGGUUGGUGGUGGAUAUGGUGCACAGGAUGCAGGGUAUGCGGCCUCGAAUGUUGGAGGCGGGUACCAGCAUCAGGGAUAUGACGAAUAUGGCCACGCUCGUAGAUAA